AUGAUAUUUUUAUUACCAACAUUAUUAUUGGUUUCAUUAGUUGGAGCACAACACGGUACUGUUGGAAGACCGUGUGAAGUGUCAACUGAUUGUGGAACUGGUAAUUAUUGUGCUGGAAAUAAGCGAUGCGCUUGUCUAACCACAUAUGUCGAAAUCGAUUCGUAUUGUUGGAGAAGUGAGUCAAAAUUCAUUGGGGUCCCUUCUUUCUGUUAGCUUCUUUACUUUUUUCUUCUUUACGCUCAUCUUUUUCUUGUUCCCAUAAUACAGUCGAUGUUUUAUCAAUUAUCUACAAUAGUCUUUUUCUUACCAACAAAAAAAAUGUUUUUUGGCCGUUUUAGGUCAACACAGUUUUCGGCCUAGUCCAGGCCUUUAAAUUUUGGCUCGGGUGUGUUUGAGUGUGUGCGUGCUUCAAGUUUUUUUCCCGUUAUACUUUACGUUUUCAUCAUGUCCUAUGAUUUAUAUUUUUUUGCAUAAAUAAAUUAUGAAAUGAUUAAAAAAUACCGAAGUUAUUUUUUUACUGCAAAAAAAACGAAUGAAAAAUUGCAGAAAUUAACCCGGGAGAGUCUGGAUGUACUCAAAAUCGACAAUGUGAAGCUGUUUGGCCAGGAGCAUACUGUAGAUCAGGAGAAUGUCGAUGUGCUAAUAAUCAACCACCGUUUAGAACUAGAGAUGGAUUGGUAAGAGAAAUAACUAUCGAAAUUUGGCAGGGUUUGAAUAAGAAGAGAUCCAAAUUAAUUUGAUUUUCAAAAUGUCUGAAUUGUCGUGAACAAAUUUAUUUUUGGUAGUCUAAUUCAACUAUAUUUAAAAUCAAGUAUUUGGAACUAUCCCAACCCAUUCCAAAUAAUUCGUAUAAUUUUUGAAAAAUAAUUGAUUUUCUUUGAAGGUCUGUUUGAAUUAUGGAUUCUGUCCACUUAAUGGAAACAAUCCAAAAUUCCGCAUCGAAAAUCAAGUUCAACAAUGUUAUGGUGGAGCAGACGCAACUUGUGAAGCAAUUGGUGCACUCGCAUAUGAUUGUAUUUGUGAUUCAGAUGAUUGUACAGUUAAUAAUCCAAUUAGUUUCUGUUGUCCAUCUCGUGCAUUUGCUUGUAUUCAACCACCAAAUGAAGGAUAUACUCCACCAGGAGGUGGAACUACUCUCAAUCAUUGGUAUCACGAUCCAAUUACUGGUGAAUGUAGAGAAUUGAAAUAUCAAGGAUACGGUGGAAAUGCUAACAAUUUCCAAACUAAAGAUCAUUGUGAAUCUUAUUGUAAACAAAGUGAGUUUUGAUUUUCUCUACUUUUUGUUAACAUACUAUUUUUUAUUUGAAAUUUUUAAAAUUCAGCUUGUAACCGUGGUCUUCCACUUUACCGUGAUCGUACAACUGGAGUCAAACAAGAACCAGUUUAUUGUCAAGGAAAUGAUAAUGGUUGUAAUAAUCCAAAUUAUCAAUGUACUACAAUGGGAACUCUUCAACAAUGUUGUCCAACUUACUGUAAGUUUUUUUGUUCUUUAAAAAUAAAUAAUCUCAAGUCGAUUUUUAGUGUUCAUUUGUUCGCGAAAUGGAGGUAUUCCAUCAGAAGUUUAUAAUACAGCUGGCGGUCUUCCAACAGAAUAUUUCGAUGUUGGAAUUCCAGAUGGAUCUGGAAAUACUUCACCAAGAUUCUAUUAUGAUUCGAGAGAAGGAAGAUGUAUUCAAUUCUCAUAUUUGGGACAAGGAGGAAACUUUAACAAUUUCUUAUCACAAGAUCAUUGUGAGAAAUUCUGUUCAAGAAGUGAGUUAUCAUAUCAAAUUACUGUAUUCAAUUUGAAUUUGUUUAGUUCUUUGUUCGGCUGGUGAACCACUUAAAGAUUCAUCUGGUGAACGUAAUAUGGAAUGUUCUCCAACUGGUUCUGGUGCAAAUUCAUGUCCAUCAACUCAUUCAUGCGAAUCAACAUCUGGUUCAACAACAUUCGGAGGUGUUUGUUGUCCACGUCCGCAGUACGUGUGUAAACUUCCAAGAGAACAAGGAAAUUGUGGAACAUAUUCAAAUCGUUGGUGGUUUAAUGCUAAAACCGGAAAUUGCGAAGAAUUCAUCUAUUCUGGAUGUCAAGGAAAUGCAAAUAACUUCGAAACAUAUAAAGAAUGUCAAGAUUACUGUAGAGAUGCUCGAAGUGAACCACAAUGUAUUCAAGGUAAAAAAUAUUCAGAAAUAUAUAGAAAACUUUUAAAAAAUGGUAUUUAUAUGUUUAGGAACUGCUUUGACUGAUUCAAAUGGAAACUUCAUAAUUUGUGGUGGAUCAUCUGCUGCAUCAACAACUUGUCCAGCAAAUCAUUAUUGUUAUUAUGAUGGAACAACUUAUGGAUGUUGUCCAACUCAAGCUUAUACUUGUUCACUUUCAUAUAAAUCAGGAGCAUCUUGUGGUCCAGCAGUUACACGUUGGUAUUAUGAUAGUACAACAAGAACAUGUCAAACAUAUUCAUUCAAUGGCUGUGAUGGAAAUUCGAAUAACUUUGCUACUCAACAAGAUUGUAAAGAUUAUUGUCGCGUUGAAAGUUGUCCAGAUGGAGGAGAAGUUUGGAAAGAACAAAAUGGAGCAGCUCGAGCUUGUACAACAAACAGACAGUGUCCAUCAACUCAUUAUUGUACUCCUGUCACAACAUGGACCGGAACUGUUUAUCAAACAAAAUCACUUUGUUGUCCAUCAAAGAACUUUGUUUGUAGUCAACCUCGUGAUGUUGGAGUUCGUUGUUCAAGUACUCGAAUUACUCGUUGGUAUUUCAAUGCUGAUUCAAAAACAUGUCAAACAUUCGAAUAUAAUGGAUGUGAAGGAAAUCGCAAUAAUUUUGCUUCUCAAAAAAGUUGCCAAAAUUAUUGUUUAUCUGAAGCUUGUCCACCAGGAACUGUUGUAGCAAAAGAUGGAGAUGGUAGUAGAUUAGUUCAAUGUAGUAAUCCAGGAGGAAAUGGAAGAGUUUCCGGAGGUUGUCCAGAUGGAUAUACUUGUUAUUCAAGCCCAUUGUUAGAUCAAAAUGUUUGCUGCGGUGCUUCAACCGAACUUCAAUGUAAGUUUUAUUGAUUUGUUCUGCUGAAUUUGAUUUUUAUUUAAAUAUUCUUGCAGCUCUUUGCCCAGCUUCAUCAACUCCAUUUAUUUCUGCUCUUUCACUUCAACCAAUGCAAUGCACACCAAAUGUUGAUGGUGCUUGUCCAGGAAACUUCUUCUGUUGGUUCUCAACCACAACAACAUCAGUCAACGCAUUCUAUUGUUGUCGAUCUCCAGACAGUGUUGAUACUGGAUGUAAGUUUUUCGGAGAUAUUUCAAAUUUUUGUGAAUUGGUUAUGAAAAAUAAGAUCUUCAACUUGUUUUUUGUUGCAGAUUGUCCACCACAAUUGGUACCAGUUCCUGGAGAAAAUGGAGCCCAAUAUAAAUAUUGUUCGCCGUCGGCUCCACUCAACGAUGCCAUUCAAGGAUGCGGUGCAAAUCGUCAUUGUCAAUUCUCAACAAAUCUCGAACGAUACAUUUGCUGUGGUUUGGAAUCCGAUGUUAGAUUACCGAAUGUUUGUCCACCACAACCAGCUAAUUUGGUGCCAGUUGAACUUGCUGGAAAUUAUCGGACGUGUAAUCCGUGAGUUUUUGAAAAUAAUAAUUUUUAUCAAUAUUCAAUAUUUAUAUUUUAUAGAUAUGCUCGUGCUGGAACUCCUCAAUCAUGUCCAGAUAAUUCAGCUUGUCUUUAUACUGGAAAUGACAAUGGUUUUAUUUGUUGUCGAGUACAAUUGGGAAAUGGAAAAAGCUAA